CCAUUCUCCAUCCCACCACCCUAUACCUUUCUCCUCCCUCUCUCUCUCUAUAUAUCUCUCUACUUUCUCUCUCAUCUCAACAAGUUCUUUCCAUCAGAAAAUGGCCAUCAAAAAAUCAAACAAACUGUCACAGACAACAGUUCUCAAGCACAUUGUGAAGAGAUGCUCAAAGAGACAAGGGUGUGAUGAUGAAGAAGGGCUUCCUGUGGAUGUCCCAAAAGGACACUUUGUUGUGUAUGUUGGCGAGAACAGAAGCAGAUACAUUGUUCCGAUCGCCUUCUUGAGCCGUCCCGAGUUCCAGAGCCUCCUCAGACAAGCAGAAGAAGAGUUCGGGUUCGACCACGACAUGGGCCUCACCAUUCCUUGUGAAGAACGAGUGUUUCAGUCUCUGACAUCCAUGCUAGCUCAUUAGAUAGAGGGAGUGUGCAUGAUGUUAAGGAGUUGGAAUUAGCUUUGCCUUUUUUUAGAGAGAAUCGGAGGAGAAUAUGAAGCUGCAAUUCACUACUAGCUUCUUUGUUUUCGAUUCUCUCUUUCUUUAAAUCUAAAAUCCGACCCUCUACAAAAUGCUAGGAGAGCGAGAGGUUCGCCCAAUAUUUGGUAUUAUUUUAUACAAAGUGAUGAUUUUAUAUGUAUGUGUAAUGGUUAUUAGGUCGUUCUAACUUUUGUACCAUUGCACCUGAAAGUGUAAUUAUGUAUAUUUCAACAGAUUUGAAAAUUUUCUCGGGGUGGUGUUGAACUGGCCUUGAGAAUAACUAAUAUUAAUGAUAUUUUAGGGUUGUUCCCAUGUUCUCA